AUGUUUAGUAGCAGAUUGCCACCUCCAAAGCACUCGCAAGCGCAGGCUUCGACGGCUCUGAGCUCUGCUCGUGUUGAGCCGUCAAUUUUGACCAACCAAAUUGCUCAAAACGUCAGACUCGAUGAUUUUAUACCAAAGAGACAAUCGAAUUUCGAAUUAUCUGUGCCCCUGCCGACCCAACUAGACGUCCAAGAGUGUGCGGCAAAAACCAAGUCAUACGUCCAACGCCUGGUAAACGCAAAGCUGUCAAGCUCGAACAAUAAGGCGUCGUCGAGGUACGUCACCGAAACGCAUCAGGCUUCCACCAAUUUGACACUGGAUAAUGGCCGCCGUGUUGAAGUGGUAUCCAAGCAAAUGGACCCCUUGUUGCCAAGAUUUGUGGGCAAAAAGGCGAGAAAAGUGGUAGCACCCACGGAAAGCGAUGAAGUGGUGCCUGUUCUUCACAUGGGUGGUAGCAACGACACAGAAGAAGCUAAUCCAAGCGACUGGAACAUACCUGCGGCCGUUUCGAAUUGGAAGAAUCCCAAUGGGUACACUGUGGCCUUGGAAAGACGUGUAGGGAAGGCCUCCAGCGAUGAAAAUGUUAUCAACGAAGGGUUUAUGAAACUCUCUGAAGCACUGGAAGAUGCUGACAAGAAGGCCAGGCAAGAAAUCAGGUCCAAAAUGGACUUGAAGCGGGUUGCCAUGGAACAAGAAAUGCUCGCCAAGGAAUCUAAGUUGAAAGAGCUGAGUCAGCGUGCGAGAUAUCACCAUGCAGCGCCCCAAACGGGGGCAGUGGUGAAGCCUAAAAAGCAAAUGAGUACAGUGGCAAGACUAAAAGAGCUGGCGUACUCUCAAGGAAGAGAUGUGUCCGAAAAGGUAAUUUUGGGAGCUGCAAAGCGUUCAGAGCAACCUGAUCUGCAGUACGAUUCAAGAUUUUUCACAAGGGGUGCUAAUGCCUCCGCUAAAAGGCACGAGGACAAAGUUUACGACAACCCGCUGUUUGUCCAGCAGGACAUCGACAGCAUAUACAAGACCAAAUACGAACAGCUGGACCAAGCAGUCAAUGCCAAAGGCGAGGGCGCUAGCGCCUCCCACGGUCCGAUCCAGUUUACUAAAGCUGAAUCCGACGAUAAAUCGGAUAACUACGGGGUCCAGAAAUGA